GGUCAUGUCAUGGCCAAAAGAGUGUUCGAUACUUAUUCUCCUCAUGAGGAUGAAGCCAUGAUACUCUUCCUCAACAUGGUCACACGUGGCAGAAUCCUCAUCUUCACUAUUAAGGAUGAGGGGACUUUCCACUUGAAGGAUGCAGCAAAGAAUCUUCUGAAAGGUUUGGGGAGUCAGGUAGCUGUCACCUUAGGCUGGAGAGAUAUGUGGACUCUGGUCGUGAAGAAGGGAGGACAAGUUUAUGGGGAGAAGCACUCCAAGUCUCCUGCUCUGUCCACAUGGGGUGAUCCUGUGCUGCUGAAGACUGAGGUCCAGCUGACAGCUUCUGAAGAGGCAGAGUGCCAUUGGGCAGACACAGAGCUGAACCGCCGGAGGAAACUCUUCUGCAGUAAAGUCGAAGGAUAUGGAAGCAUUUGUAGUUGCAAGGAUCCAGCACCCAUAGAGUUUAAUCCUGACCCA